AUGAUAAAAUCCAGAGAAUGUAUUUCUAUACACAUAGGUCAAGCCGGUGUUCAAAUGGGUAACGCAUGUUGGGAAUUAUAUUGUCUGGAACAUGGUAUAAUGCCAGAUGGUUGGAAAUCUCCGGAUGAUACUGUCGAAGUUGGAAAUGAUAGUUUAAAUACGUUUUUCGAUGAAGUUUAUAAUGGAAGACAAGUUCCAAGAGCGAUUUUUAUAGAUUUAGAACCUACAGUGAUAGAUGAAAUCCGAACGGGUGCUUACAGAGAAUUAUUUCAUCCAGAAUUACUUAUCACUGGGAAAGAAGAUGCUGCUAAUAAUUAUGCAAGGGGGCAUUACACCAUAGGUAAAGAAUGUAUAGAUCUGACAUUGGAUAGAAUUCAAAAAAUGACUGAACAUUGUGGUGGUUUGCAAGGAUUUCUUAUUUUUCAUUCUUUUGGUGGUGGUACAGGCUCUGGAUUUACAUCACUUUUAAUGGAAAAGCUCUCUGUAGAUUAUCCUAAAAAGAGUAAAUUAAGUUUUUCUAUUUAUCCAGCACCUCAGGUUUCUACUGCAGUUGUUGAACCUUACAAUGCAAUUUUAUACACACAUCCUACACUUGAACAUUGCGAAGUGGCAUUUUUAGUUGAUAAUCAAGCAAUUUAUGAAAUUUGCAUGAGAAAUUUGAGAAUAGAUCGUCCCUCGUAUACCAAUUUAAAUCGUCUUAUAGGACAAAUCGUUUCGAGCAUAACAGCUUCUCUUCGUUUCGAUGGAGCAUUGAAUGUCGACCUUGUAGAAUUUCAAACUAAUUUGGUUCCUUAUCCGAGAAUUCAUUUCCCUUUGGCAACCUAUGCACCCAUUAUGUCUGCAGAUAAAGCAAGUCAUGAACAAAUCAGCGUUGCCGAUAUAACAAAAGCUUGUUUCGAACCAAACAAUCAAAUGGUUAAUUGCGAUCCCAGAAAAGGAAAAUACAUAGCCGUUUGUAUGUUGUAUAGAGGAGAUGUCGUACCAAAGGAUGUCAAUUCGGCAAUCGCCAUGAUAAAAAAAGAAAAAUCCGUUAAAUUUGUCGAUUGGAGUCCGACCGGAUUCAAAGUUGGCAUCAACUAUCAACCUCCAACGGUCGUUCCCGGAGGAGAUUUGGCAAAAGUGCAAAGAGCCGUUUGUUGCUUAAGUAAUACCACGGCGAUUGUUGAAGCCUGGAGUAGAAUUGAUCAUAAAUUUGAUCUCAUGUAUGCAAAAAGAGCUUUUGUUCAUUGGUAUGUCGGUGAAGGAAUGGAAGAAGGUAAUUUUACACACAAAUAUGCACAUUACAAAAAACUAAAUAAUAAAAUCCAUAUUCCAAAAUUUGGCAAGUUCGAUUUUCUUUUACUCUAUGACUUAUUUUAA